UGCCUGGAAGAGAGAUACGAUGAUGAGAGGGGAACAAGGAAAGCGAUGGAUAGAAGGGAGGAGAAAAAGAGGAUGACUGCUAGUGGCUGUGCUCUAAAUGAGAGGGUGAGUGAGUGCAAGAGCUGAAGUCAGACGGAGGGGGAGAGAGAGACAUUCAGACAGAAUCAAACAGCUGAGUCCGAAAAUUAUAUUUUUGAAAAUCAUUUCUGCUGUCAGCUCCCACAAGAUGACCAACUUUGCAGGAACCUGGAAGAUGAAGAGCAGUGAGAAUUUUGAUGAACUUCUGAAAGCCCUGGGUGUAAAUGCUAUGUUGAGGAAAGUGGCAGUGGCAGCUGCUUCUAAGCCCCACGUGGAAAUCCGCCAGGAUGGAGAACAGUUCUACAUCAAGACCUCUACAACUGUCCGCACCACAGAAAUCAACUUCCACAUUGGAGAAGAGUUUGAUGAGGAGACCGUUGAUGGGAGAAAAUGUAAGAGCUUGGCCACUUGGGAGUCGGAAAGUAAGAUAUACUGCAAGCAGACACUUGUGGAUGGAGAUGGUCCAAAAACAUUUUGGUCAAGAGAACUUCGAGGAGAUGAACUUAUACUGAUAUUUGGUGCAGACAACGUCCUGUGCACACGGAUUUACAUGCAAGAAUAGAAGCAAUCUGAAGUUGACAAGAACAGUUUCCCAGUUUCAUCUAACCUAGCUACACGGACAACAGUUGACAACGCAAGGCUCACGCAUGUCUUGAGGCGCCCUCUCAUAAUCUAUGCAAGCUACAUGGUCCAUGUGACCAUACUAGAGACAAAUGACACAACACUUACACUCAAUGCGUUGCAUUACACAAAACUUGGACAACACAUCUUGCUAUCCAACUAUGCGGCAAAACCUCUCUGUGUCUGCGUAGCUUGCAUAGAGUAUGAAACGGCCCCAACGGUUCCCUUCUUCAAACUCAAUAUCAAUAUGCUGCUUAUGUGGGAUGUCUGCACUACUACUCCAGCGCGUUCUGUUACUGCAUCUCUCCCAAUGGCUUCUUUGUGGUGACGGCUAUAACUUUAAACAAAAUACUGUGAUUUUGUAUCAGUAACAUAUCCUCUAAACAUUCAAUCUGUUACCCUUUUACUGUUAUUCUCAGAAAUUAGUGUUCUCUUGGUAUUGCAAAUGUGAAAAAAUGAAUAAAA